UCAUUUCCAGAGGGCUAUUUGCUAUGUAUCCCAUGAUUAUGCCGUGGAACUGGCAGAAUCAACUGAGCACGACAGCAAGGCUAAAUAUGACUUGCCAGAUGGCCAGCAUAUCUUGUUGGGGCAGGAGCGGUUCCUCUGCCCAGAGGUACUGUUCAAACCAGAACUGGAGGGUUUGAAGUGCAGGAACAUCAUCGAUACUAUUUGCCAUAGUAUUGAUAUGUGUGACCUCGAUUAUAGAUCUAUAUUCUACAACAACAUAGUCUUCUCUGGAGGUGCCAGCCUGACCACGGGUCUCGUGCAGAGAGUGACCAGGGAACUGAGACAGAUCGUGAAGACCAACCUGCCUGAAGUGACUCUGAAGGUGGAUGCUAUGGAGAUGAGGAAAUAUGCAGCUUGGGCUGGAGGGUCUAUGCUGGCUUCUCUGCCGAACCUUAGGGAGUUCUGGUCCACUAAGCAAGAGUAUGAGGAUGUGGGCUCAGAACUUGUUAAGUUUAAGUUCUUUUGAAGAUAGUGUCUCUUUAGAUUUUUUGUAAGCCUUCCUGGUCCAAAUGAAGAAAUCGUAGUUAACUGUUUAACUAGACAAAAUUACCGCUUUGCGACAUUUCAUUUAGAUGCAACUUUUAUCUCAAAAACGUGUUAAGGAAUUUGAAUGCAUGAUGACGUAUGACGAAAAUGUAUCUCUCAUCAUCAUAAUCCUCCGAGCCUUUUUCCCAACUAUGUUGAGGUCGGCUUCCAGUCUAACCGGAUUCAGGUGAGUAUCAGUGCUUUACAAGAAGCGACUGCCUAUCUGACCUCCUCAACCCAGUAUCUCUAUUGGACUAUUUUUCAAAAGCUAUAGCUAUUACAAGAGCUAAAUAUGAUUUCUCGCAUCCCGGGAGAACAAUUUGCAUAAUACAAACAAGUGCGGUAAUCACGCUCUAAUCACGAAGCGCAGACAGGUGGAUACACUAGUAUGUGGCAUGAAUACAUUAUCAUGAACAGGAAAAGGCUAGCCUAAUGAUUAUGUUUAUUUUGAAUGAAAUGAUUUAUUUAACUGUAAGGACUUAUUGUUCACUAGUAGCUUAAUUGAAAUAAAUAAAUUUGAUUCAAAAUGAA